ACAGGAGGCACCGUAAGAAGGCAUGUUCACAAGCUCCUCCUCGCUCACUGCUCUCUCUUACACACACAGGCAAACCCAGCUUCUGUUAUGGCAGGGGCUGCUCAUUGGCAUUUACCAAACGGCCGCGGCAUGCCCCUCUCCCUGACAGCACCUCCCUGCCUUCUCAGGAGACAGACAGUCAGGCUGAACUAGCUGAGAGCAGACUGUGGUGGACUGUCUGGCAAACACACCCUCAAAUCAGCAAGACAAAGUGGGGGGAAACUGCUGAACAUGCCACAAGAUACCAAGGCUCCAACCAGAUAAUGUGACAACAAAUUGUCCGGGGAGCAGAAGAGAACUAAUGAUGGAAGGACAAAAUGGAAACAUCUCACCUUUUAAAACAGCAGAGAACGGAGUUAAAGGGAAGCCCCCAUACUCAGUAGAAACCCCUUAUGGCUUCCAACUUGACCUGGACUUCCUGAAAUACGUAGACGACAUAGAGAAAGGCAAAACCAUCAAAAGAGUUCCCAUCCAGCGCCGAAGUAAGGGACCCCGCGCAAGUACCCUACCCAGGCACCUCAACCCUUCUGGGUGUGGCUAUCGCCCGAGCCCCUGGGGGUCCACCGGAGCUCUUGGCCCCAGAUCUCGACUGUCAGAAGCCCAUCACUAUGGCUACACUUCCUGGGCAUACGAUCACAGGCCGCCCCUCUCUCCGACAGGACUCAAUUCUCUGGCAGAAAUGGAGGCCAGAAUCAAGGAGUUCGAUGAGCAACCUCUCGGAGAGCACAUCAGACCUCACCUCCUCCGUGCCUCCAGCCUGCCACUCACUGUGUUACUCAGACAGGGGUCAGAGUCCACAGAUGACCCCAGCAGUCUCCGGAGUUCAAGGGAUCACAUCGGAGUAAGAAACACCUCAUGUGAAGACGUCUUCCAUUCUCUAGAAAGCCUUCGCCCACAGGACAGCUCAGGGUUGUUGAGGCGCCUGACCGAAGCCCUGGAACGAGUGGGGGAGCUGGAGAUGGAGGUGAGGGUCGUUCCUGAGCUCAGGGCGCAGAUCUGCAUUCUCCAGGAGGAAAGGGAAAGGCUCCGUCUGGGCCUGAAUCCAGACAUCCAUCCCUCCUCGAUGAACGGAACCACAGAUCCUUGUACCAACUCUCACUAUGGCAAAGUGGACGCCAAAAGGCCUCGGCAUGAAGGUCACAUCAUGUUUCCCAGAAAUCACAGCGAUGCCUCUAAUCCUAUACAUGAGUGGAGGACGAGCACAGAUCUGGAUGAGCUGCUGACGGUGACGUCCCUGCAGGCCAAAGUAGCCGUGCUGGAGCAGAAGCUCCACGAAACCGGCCUGGAGCUCCAGAGAGUGCUGGGGAUGCUGAGGGAACAGCAGGAGGAGAGCAGAAGGAAAGAUGAGAAGACAGAGUACCUCAUCAGGAAUCCUGGGGUGUGGGUCCGGGCUGAGAGGGUGGUGGUCGAGCAGGAUGGAGACGAGGCAGUGGUGAGAUCCAUUGAACCAGAUUACAGUAAAGCCUUCAUCGGUACAAGAACUGUUCCCACAAACGGUCAAAGAAGUCGCCAGCCCGACUCUGUAGUCAGUUCUGCUGAGAGAGCGUCUGUGGAAGCUGCUGAUGCUUCAGCUGAGGCUACAGACACAGCAGUGGUCGUUCACCACAUAGAGAAGAUCAAGAGUCUCCUGGAUCAGCAGUGGGAGUGUUUGUGUGCAGAGAGCAAAGGGGAUAAACCUCUAAAGCACCCAGAUCCCAAAGUCAACUCUCUGCAGCAGGAGAUGUUGGAACUUGUCGACAUCCUGACAUCCCACUACAAACAGCACGGACACAGUAACGGAGAGAAGAUUCAGCAUGGAGCCUCUAAAUCCAUCCCGAAGACAGAUGGAUGGGCCAGGAUGUCAAAAGACCUAUAUUCUGGGGGUGUUAAUGAAGGAUGCAAAAUGACCGCAAGUGGAAAUCUGGUCGGCCAGGAUGGCGUUCAUGGUGAUUUGGAGGAGAGGGAAAGCAGCACAAGCCCUCUGGAGAUGGCUGCUGCCCAGGUGAAUGCAAAGCCGGAAAGGAGAGGGACGGAGGAGGAGAGGCAAACAUGGCCAGACAGACAGAUGAUAUCUGUAAGAACAGGAUCAGGGCGGACAGAUGGAGGCGAAGUGUCUGUGGAAGCUGGGGUUCCAGCGAAAACGGCCAAGUUGAAAGCCCAGCCUCCAGGAGAACAGAUGGAGGGCAACUCUGGCUCAGAAUCAACCACCAGGGGCAGUGAGAUAGUGAGUGCAGAUUUUCUGUCUGCUUGUCACUUCCUCAAAGAUCACAUGGACAACAUGGACAACCCCAACGACGACAUGAGGAAGGCCCUGAUCGUGUUGUUUCAGCACUGGUUCGCUGCGGCAGCCGAAGAGGCUUCUGUGGUCAGCAGGGUCUCCGUUUACCUGAAAGAAGUGAAGAAGGCGACACCUGCUCUGCUGACCUUCCUGCUCAACCUGGCAGAUGACAACGGCAACACGGUGCUGCAUUACAGUGUGUCCCACUGCAACUACAGCAUCGUCAGCCUGCUACUGGACACAGGCAUGAGUGACGUGAACCUUCAGAACAACGCCGGCUACACUGCAGUGAUGCUGGCCUCGCUGACGGCCCCUGAUGGACCCGGUGGGAUGGAGGUUAUCCGCAAGCUAAUGGAGCUGGGCAACAUCAACAUUCGCUCCAGUCAGACGGGUCAGACGGCGUUGCACUUGGCAGUGAGACACGGCCGAGUGGUGAUGGUUCGCCUGCUGCUGAGCUACGGCGCCGACGCCAACAUCCAGGACAGCCAGGGCACCACGGCCCUCAUGUUCGCAUCCGAGAGGGGCCACACACACGUCGCAAGGCUGCUGCUGGAAAGGAGCCAGUGUGACCUGACGCUGACUGACAAGCGGGGUCAAACUGCGCUCUCCAUCGCCAUGCAAGGUUCCCACACUGACACCGCCGCCCUGCUGCAGGCCCACGCUAAAGCUCGAGCUCUGUAGACGUGGAAAACCAACGAAAAGAUCUGCAAACAUAAAACCUUCGUUUUCACAUGUGGUCUUUUCUGUCUGAGGCGCUUCGAAAUGCAGACGGACGAACGUUAUCUCAAGCUUCAGUCCAUCAUUGUAAUCAGACUCUACACCAUCAGUGAGGGAGGUGAAGCUCACAGGAGGGCCAUGGUCGCUGGUGAAUGUGCUGGUUUCUAUCGUCUGGAUGUUUAUAGUUUUCUCUGAUCUUUGCACAUCCAAGUAGCAGCUUAGCUCUGCAAUCUAUGCAAUUAAAAAUAUAUAUUUAUUACGUUUAUUGUUUUGGUCACAUGUUAACGAUUAUAUAAAGGUUUGAACUUAUAAUAAAGAACUACGUAUCUGUUUUUAAGGGGAAAUGACAGUUUGCGGUUUUGUUUUUGCAGCAGCUAAGCACCUUUUUAAGUAAAAUGCUUGCAAAACACACCCUGCAUGCCACUCAGCAUGAACUUUUGGUGCCUAUAAUCUGUUGAUACUGAUGUAUGCACUGUCUGUUUUUAAUAAAAUGGCCAAAUGAUG